AUGUCUGUUACUAGAUUUACAAACUGUCAUUUAAUUGACAACGGAGAGUUAUACCAGUUUAGAGAUUUAUAUUUCGAUAAUAAUACUAGAAAAAUAUGCCAUCCUCCUAGCACACCAAACUACAUUACCAAGACAAUUGAUUUAAAUGGCCAAUAUCUAGCUCCUGGUAUGAUCGAUAUACAAAAUAAUGGUAUUUAUGGGUUAAAUUUUUCCAACUUAAAAGAGGAAUCGUCACCUCAGGAGGUUACAGAAUUUAAAAGAUCUUAUCAAGAUGCCAUGACGAAAUAUCUUUCAUCUGGUGUUACUGCUAUAUGUCCUACUGUCACUUCCAAUUUUCCAACCGUGUACUCCAAAGUUCUUCCCAUUUACAAAAAAACAAGAUCUUCGCGUCAAACUGAUUCCCUAGGUGCUCAUUUGGAAGGUCCCUUUAUAAGCUUGCAGAAAAAAGGAUGUCAUCCUCCAGAAACUUUUGUUGAUGCAAAGGAAGGUAAAGAAAAAUUACUCCAGGUUUAUGGUGGUAGCGAUAACUUUUUUGAAAAUGUCACCAUCAUCACAGCAGCACCGGAGAUACCGGGAGUGUUGGACUUAAUUCCAUAUAUCACACAACAUGGCUGCGUAUAUUCAAUUGGACACACUAUGGCUGACUACGAAACUGGGGUGCAGGCAAUUGAAAAUGGAUGCACAAUGAUUACACAUUUGUAUAAUGCUAUGCCUCAACCCCACCACCGUAACGCCGGUGUUGUUGGUUUAAUUGAUACACCAGCAAUUGACUCCAAGGAUGUAACACCAUAUUUCGGUUUGAUUUGUGAUGGUGUACACGUCCACCCAUCAAUGGCAACCUUAGCUUACAGAUCAAAUCCAAAGAAAUGUGUUUUGGUCACAGAUGCUAUGCACUUGAUUGGUUUACCUGAUGGCCAGUACGACUGGGACGGCCGGACUAUAGUUAAAAAUGGAGAUAGAGUUUACUUGAAAGGUACAGACACGUUGGCAGGAGCUUCAACAACUUUACCACAAUGUGUACGUAAUUUGAUGACUUGGGCCAACAUAUCCUUGGCAGAAGCUGUAAAGACAGCUACAAAUAAUGCUGCUUUAUCAAUAGGUCUUGAAAAUGAACGUGGAUUCUUGAAUCCCGGUUGCGACGCAGAUUUCGUCGUUUUGAACAAUCAAGGUUACGUUAUAAAGAUUUACAAGUUGGGUAACGAGAUUGCUUCCUCGGAUGUGGAUGUUGAAGAUCAACUUCCUAGUGAAAGUAGAAUCUCCGCCAUGUUGUAA